CGCAGCUUUGCGCUCACUGCUGGAGCGGCGCGCGAGCUUGGUGCCUGGCCGGGGGACCCGCGCCUCUUGCCGCCCCGCGCGCUCCCAGCCGCCCACCCUGAGUGCAGCCCCGUGCGGUCCGGGACAAUAGGCAGCGGACCCCCAAUGCUGCGGCAGCCGGCUCCGCGCGCCCCGAGCGCUGGCACCCCGCCGUCCCCGGCCGACCCCGGCGCCAUGCACCGCUGGCAGAGGAACACCAAGUUCACCAAGAUCUUCGUGGGCAGCCUGCGGUACCGCACUACCGACGCCUCGCUCAGGAAGUACUUCGAGGACUUCGGCGACAUCGAGGAGGCCGUGGUCAUCACCGACCCCGAGACAGGCAGGUCCCGCCGCUACGGCUUCGUGACCAUGGCCAACCGGGCGGCAGCCCAGAGGGCUUGUGAAGACCCCCACCCCGUCAUCGACGGCCGCAAGACCAACGUGAACCUGGCUUACCUGGGCGCCAGGCGGCGGAGCCUCCCGACGGGCUUUGGAACUAGGGUGCGGAGGCUGCGCCCCAUUUUGAUCCAGCAGACUUACCCGCUGACCCCGGACGACAUCCACCCGCCAGCGACCGUGCAGCCCGGCGCGGCGAUCCUGGCUGCCCCGGUCCCAUCGCUGUCCCCGCCCUACAUGGAGUACACCCCGUACCCACCGGCCACUUACGCCCAGUACCCACUGGCCACCUACGCCCAGCACCCAUACGCCGCCCCACCUGCUACAGCUGCCAGCUUCCCAGGCUACAGCUACCCGGCCGCCGUGCCCCAGGUGCGCUCAGCCGCAACCCCCGCAGGCACCACCUUCAUGCAGUACCCCGCACCGCAGCUGCAGCUCGACAGGACGCAGUGAGGGGCGUUCCUGCCCCGAGGACUGUGGCAUUGCCACCUUCACAGCAGGCGGCUGCGGGGCUUCGAUGGGCCGGCGGGAGCCAGGCUGAG